UGCCAGGAAGACUGUAGAAGGGACGUGAGUUCUGACUGGUACAAGGGAGCUGGGUUACAGAUUCAUUUCCUGGGCUUCUUUUCAAUAAAACACAGUGUUCAAGGGUAGAAAAGUCUAGUAAAAGGAAUUUGGGGUUUUGUUGAGAUCCUGAAGGCCGUUUUAUGAACUUCAAACAGAAAUGCUGUGACGUUGAGAAGUAGAAAAUAUGGGGUUCCAGGAUUUAGCCUGAGGACACCCGUUACCAGAAAGUGCCCACGUGUCUGACUUCAGGACAAACACCUCGGCAUGACACAGUCCAAGGGUGCUCCUGGUUAGUGUUGAACAUUUGCAGCUCUUCCAAUGCAGUGUGUGCGUGCUCAGCCAUGUCCGAUUCUUUGUGACUCCAGGGACUGGAGCCCGCCAGGCUCCUAGGUCCGUGAAAUUUUCCAAGCAAGAAUCUUGGAGUGGGUUGCUAUUUCCUACUCCAGGGGGUCUUGCCGACCCAGGGAUCAAACCUCUCUAGUGUCUCCUGCUUUGACAGGUGGAUUCUUUACCAACUGCACCACCUGGGAAGCACCUCUUACAAUGCAGUAGUUUCUCUUAUUCAGGACCUCCUGAUCAAAUUUCUGAUUAGUCGAGUGAUCUACUGUAUCCCAAGUGGGACUGCAACCCAGCGUAAUAGAGCCACGGGCCGUCAACACUUGUUUUCUAUGGAUUUUGAUACUUUCACAGUACAACUGGAGGAACUUGAUUUAAAUCUGUGCAUUGCCAAGGGCAAGGAGCAGAGAACAUGGAUCGAGAGAAGUUUCAGCAGAAGGCUCUGAAGCAAACUAAGCAGAAGAAAUCCAAGUCGGCUGAAUUUCUGAUGGUUAAAGAAGAUGGAGGAGCUAUGGAAGGCACUGGAAAUCCAGCUUUUAACAUGAGCAGCCCAGAUCUCUCAGCCCAACAGUCUUCAGAAAAGAAAGUUAUUAGACAUGACACACGGGAUCGCACCCUUGCAGCUCACCAACAAAAAUGCAGGCUGCAAGCCUCUGCUGAACCAAAAGGAAAUGAAUACAGCAGAAAUUACUUUGACCCACUGAUGGAUGAGGAAAUAAACCCAAGGCAGUGUGGGAUGGAGGUCAGCCAAGAGGAUGAUAGCAUCGUGGCGGGGACUUUGAGUUCUGAAGACCCGGCGAGUUCCAGAAAGAAUCUUGAACACUACAAAAAGGAUAGUGAAGCCAUCUCUGCCGACAGUGAGGAGAUUGAAAGAAACACUCAGAAAAACGUAAUUCUGCCAGGAAGUUCUUCCCUGGAACAGGAUUUGACAUUUGACGGGGAGGGACUCGGCGAAUACAUUCCUAUGUCAUGUUUAAAGAGCAACAGAACAUUUGAGAAAACUACAAGUCAAGGAAUAAUUGCAGAUCCAAAUGUUUGUGAAGCAGGUGGCGUAGCCAAGCUUGGUACCCUCCCAGAAGUAACCCACCCGUCAAAGGGAGCAGUGUGGCCUUGGCCCUGCUGGAAGGUUGAGCAGAGUCGGUCACCUCAGCCUCUUCAGAUACAGAUGAAGUGCAUCAGGGGUCUCAAGAACAAGGUGCCCCAAGGCUCCUACCUCCUCAAAGUGUCCCUGCUUGGUCAACCAGGCGGUCGUGUCUUGCAAUGGAACCCGGAGGAGCAGCUGAAGACCAGGACACGCCCAGUGAGGCACGGUGGAAACUUUUAUGAUGUGGGACUGUUUUUCCAUGAAAGCCUUUAUGUGGUACUCCCGCCUAAGAAGGAUGUGAAACUUGGCAUGGCUUUCUUGUUUGAACUCUUUCUCCUUCGUGGGAAAUAUACUUAUCUCCACCAGGUUGUGGGCUGGGCAACCUUCCCUUUGUACGAUAGCAGCAUGGAUGUGGUGGAAGGAAAAUUCAAGUGUCCGCUUCUCCGAGGACAUUAUGAUCAGAAAGUCGACAGCUUCAAGAAAACUGAAGAUCUGAUUUGCUUGGACCUGGACCACUGGCUGUGCAAUCUCUAUUUUCAGGUAAUUAGACUUCCUCUACAUUUGAAUGAUCAAAAAAACCACAAAAGGCAUAUUCAGCUUCCCCCUGAGUUUCCAGAUUGUUUAAUGGCUGAAGCAGAAUCAAGUGUGGAUAAUACAGAGAAAAAGAGUUGUUCCUCAAGGAGUGAUGGAGUGAAAUCCUUCUCACACUCAUCUCAAGGAAGCAUUUCUAAUAAAAUUAGUCCCUGCCCUACAGACUGUGAUUUCAGUUUCUCAAAAGAAGACCAUGAAUUACAGCUUCUCGGUAAUUUUUUUCCCAUUUAUUUCAUUUCAUUUCAUUCUUCGAAGGAAAAACCAACUGCUUGGAAAACUGGAGAAACUGAAGACUAUUCACAAGAUACAUCUUAUUUGGAGGAGCUGGAAAAACACAAAUUUUCAGUUUGUCGUUCCUCGGCCGCCGCUAACGCCGCAUCUGGAGAAUUCUUCAAGCAUCUCUGCUUUGUGCUGGUGUCAGUGUGUUCCGAACUUGAGUUCGCUCAAUGGCAAAGCCAGGGCUUCUGGUACAUCAUCCUGCUGAUGGCUUCUCUCUGGUUCCUGAGGCUCUACCUGCAUUAUCUCAGCCAGUGGUUUUUCCUCCAGGCCAUUUCAACUCCUGUUACAAAAUUCCGUUUUUCCCCCCUCACAGUGGAGCUCUGCUACCCAGCCUCUUCCCUUCACGUCGCAGAAGAGAUGCUUGUGGUUGUGGUGGGGCCUUUCAUGCUGAACGCAGUGGUCCUUCCCUUGGUUCUGGUCAGAUGGGGCUGUCAGCUACUGUUUGCCUUCUGCCCUGACGUCCUGUCAAAGUUAAUCAUCACCAUGGGACUGUGGGCAGUUCUGGACCCACUGGCAGUAUUCACUGUGGAUACUGUCCUGGGGCGACUUACACAGAGGGAGGAGACUCCAGUAGCUGAUGCAGCAAAACUGUACUGGAUGUUUGAAAGAACCAUGCAAUCUGGAAUUCUUGGUGUGAUGCUCACAGUGCUACUUUAUGUCCUACUGUUCAUCAUUUCGUGUUUGAUUUUAUAUGUGUAUUGUCUCAGAUUGCACAAUGAUUCUUGGAUAUUAGACAUAUUUCAGCGCAUCCACAGUGAAGAAAGCAAGUUUUUUAUACCAUAUGAUUUGGAGAUUUCCAAUCAGGAGCUAAGCUAUAUCAUAAAAAGAUCUGAGCAGUGGAGAGGACUCAAUGGUGAGAGAAGGAAGGUGGCAGUGUAUGAUUAUAUCUGGAAAAGGCAUGGCGUCCAGUCCAGCAUCUCCAGCUGUGACCUCCAACAGCACGAUGACAUUUCUGUGACUGCACUUGGUCCAGGAGGUAUUACUUCUCAUGUAGCUGUAUACACCGUUUAUCCCAGUGGGUUCCAAGAGCUAUACCGCCAUUUUCUUAGGCUCCCUAGCGGUGCCAUUGUUGAGGUGUUUGGUGAUAUCGGUGGUUUAACGAUUAUCCCCAUUGAGCUGGUCACAGCUAUUCAGAAGCAGCUAAGUGAAAUAGACGGUACACUGGGAGACUCCCCGGAUAUUAAAUCAAGAGAAAAGAAAAAAAAAUCUUUAGAAUAAAAAAGCUCUGCAGCAGUGCCCAAGUCAUUGUGAGAAGAUUCCGUUCAGCUUCCUUUCCAAUCUACUGCCUUAUAAUAUGCACUUCACUGAAAGUCAGUAAUCGGAGUUGGGAACAAAAGCUCGACAUCACGAUCAUCCCAGACAUGUUUUCAGAGAGCACAGAAUCCUGCCGAUCUUCAUCAGCUUAGAAAGAGCUAGAAUAUCAUAUUCCACGCUGUUCUACGGAAGUGUGUUCUUUCAUGGAGGGAAUAAGUGGGAUUGCCAGAAGAGGAUAUAAUCAAGUCUAAAUAAAUCCCCUUUGUCCUUCACUUAGCAUAAAAUUUUCACCUUUUUUUUUUUUUUUUUCCUAGAAGAAGCUUCAAGGGGGGAAAAAAAAGGAAAAAUUACAUAACAAUAAAAAACCAAGUCACUUAAAUGAGUUGUUUUGCAGAGCCUUGUAUUCUGAGUAUCUUGUAUUCUGAGAUACCAGCAAGCAACCCCAAACUGGCUGCUUCAGAUGUUGGCUCCUUACUUUCCCCUCUAAGGUCUUCCCAGCUCUUUUUAAGAGAAUGAAAGUAGCAAAGCCCUCUUGCCAGUUCUUUAUAUUAUUCCUUUUCCUCUUCAAUCCCUUGCUUUUCUCUUUUCAGCUGGAGGUUUGGAAUAAGAUUUAGGAUCACAAAUGGACAAUGAACUAUCAGAGAGUGGAUGGGUUAUAGAAUAUCCUGCAUCUUUAAAAAUCUUUUAUCCUUUCUAUAGAGCAAGAAUACAGAUGACACCUAGGUCGUCUAAUCUUGCUCUGUGUUUUUAUUAGUUGGAGUAUAGUUCUUCACAAUGUUGUGUUAGUUUCUACUGUACAACAAAGUGAAUCAGCUGUAUAUAUAUAUAUAUCUCUGUGUGUGUGUGUAGCCCCUCCCUCUUGGACUUCCCUCCCAUGACCCUCCCCCAUCUCAC